CUUUAUUCUCUUUACUCGCGCCCGAUUGAUUCUCUAGUCGUUUCAGAUGUCCUGUUAAAUUCCAUCGCUCAAUUAUUCCCGGUCAGUCUUGCUAUCUUAUCGUCUUUACUAAAUAUAAAUAUAUAUAUACUCCGUACCUUCUCUCAUCUUCCUUCCUCUGGUUCCCCACGCCCCGAAACAACUUACCCACACCGGAGCCAGUCUUCAAAAGGCAGAUCAAGUCAUCGUCGACUCCACCGUGACUCUUCCUCUUCCUCUUCCGCCACUUCGGUUUCUGCGGAUCAUCGCAACCUCUGCAAUCCCCUCUCCUCUUGCGUUAUCAGGGUCCUCGUUGUCCGUCUCCCUGAUCUCUCUGCUCCUGAGGUUGCGAUGUUUGCCCUCUUUUCCCGUCAUUCUGCCCAUUCCCUCUCCCGGUGACCAUGCCCAUCUUCCAGGAUCCGGAACACCAGCGGCUCCAGGAUUUGUGGUCUGAUGAUCACCAGCCACGGCUUAAUGCUCGACGUCAGACCAUUUCCCCCUGGAAACACCCUCCUGGGGAGCCCCUGGGCAGCCACCCCCUCACGGGGUCCCAAAAUGUCCCAUACGAAGGCCCCUCUCCGGAUCGAAGCCGGGCGGGAAUGCAUGCAACAAAUCGCGAGGAACUGAUCCAGUAUAUUAAAAGCGCCGAUGCGCCCCGAUGGGCAUCGCAUCAUUCCUCGGAAAGCAGUCCGAACCCUACCUCUCAGACAUCCGAUGUAUCUUCCGCCAACAUGAAAGACAAAGCACCUGUAAAUGCUGGUCCUAGCGACCAGUCUGACUCGAGUGAUCAGCAGUUAGCAUCGCCGGCCGAUAUUGAACGCCCUCGCUCAGCUUUACAUUCAGGAGACUUUAGGGAAGGAAGCUCUCAAGCCCAGAGCCAGCAGCACGCCCCGUCAUCACCGGUGCCUGGUCGCACCGUCAACGCACAUUUUCCACUACUGAGUUCCUCCCCGACGACGCCUUGGUUCAGUACUCCCGUCUUCCCAGCCUCUUUACGAGGCCAAUCUCUAUCUGUUCAGACAGCAACCCCGACAGCCCGUUCCCGGGCGCCCUCUCUCGGCUCGUUCUCGUCGAGCUACAUAUUGAAAGCCCCGACGAGCCCUCUUGUUCACCAGGCAAAUAAUACAGACCUGGACUUCUCUCCUCGGCCGGAGUAUGUCGGUCAUUCGGACGCCAUCGACAAAGUCAGUCGCCGCCGUACCCUUCCCCCGGAAACAUUUCAGCACUUGCAGGCAUCGCAUGGGGGCCAUGCAGAGGGGAUCUACUUCCAGUCUGAUGCUCAUCGCACACCAUGGGACACGGCAACAUCUUAUCAUCUGCACUCCCCUCGGCGGUCCCUGACUUCCACAUACAGCCUUCAGCUUGCAUCCUCGGUCCAAACUCCGAUCACGAGGGUUCGAAGGCCCUCGGUGGGCUCAGAAGUCUCUUCCAGAGCACAUGCGCCAAUGGUUGGCUCAUACGAGGAGUCUAUCCUCCGUGGAAGAAUGUCAAUGAGCCCUUCCAAGCCCUUGGACUUUACCGCGCAAAUUGGCGUCCUCGGUAAAGGCAAAUGCAAAGCCAACCUCAAAUGCCCACCGCACGUGACAAUCCCCUUUCCGGCGGUGUUUUACAGCUACCCCACGUCAGGCAGUGGCCGCUCAAUCGCGGACGAUAGCCCCAGCCCUUAUGUUGGCUCGAUAGAUUUGGACAAUUUCCUUCCUCGGGACACGUCCAGUGGUAGCAGUCGACGUCGCAGGCGCCAUCAGAGCCCUGCAGGAACACACAACGACUGUGUCAUGGGAAACACCACAGAACUUAAGUCAACCGAUCAGGAAACUCUGCGCAGGCGCGAAAAAAGGCAUAGGAGGGCGGAAUCGCCCAAAAGUCCACCGGGUGGUUGCUACCGAAUCCCACAACACGGUCAGUUGCAGAUCAUGAUCAAGAACCCCAACAAAACAGCGGUGAAGCUGUUCCUCGUGCCCUAUGACCUCAGCGAUAUGGAGCCGGGGACAAAGACAUUCAUCCGACAACGAAGCUAUUCGGUGGGUCCCAUCAUUGAUAUGCCUUUGAGCGCUCGAAAGAACUACGGAACCGAUCGCCCUGAAGCGUCGCUCAACGCUUCGGAGGAUCCCAAAGACAAGCCGACUCUACGCAUUCGUGUUGUAUUUGCCAAUAGAGUUCCCGACGGUAAGGAAAAGCUUCGCAAUGAAAUUCAAUGCCCUGAUCCCCGUUACACGCCUUACAAACCCUCGCGGGAGUCCAGUCAUACACACGCAGCUGCACGGUCAUCAACAGACCAGAUGCCACACAAAGCACCCACAGAUCGAGAACCAUCAUCGAUGCUGAGUCCAUUGGGGGCUAUGACCUCACGAGAGCCCCCCUACUCCGGGAGCUCCUCCACCUGUGCUCCAGAGGACCCGUUCUCAGACCGUACACUUGCAGACCGAGAAGGUGCCCCACGGGGCACCUCCAGCCUCUUCAGUCCUCCCCAGCCUUCCUCACAUCCUUUUCGGCCUAUUCCGUCACUGUCUCCAGGGCCCAAACUCGACCCAAAUUUUGCGGAACAGUGUAACACGGAGCGUGGGCUCUAUGGUAAACUUAGUAAGGGUGAGACCGGCUACGGCGGUUAUCCGUUCGCUUUCAACGGUUCCGAGGCUGGUGACAGCCUCCUUGCCAGGAAGCUGAGGGGUUUGGACGUGCACAAGCACGACUCUCCUGACCUGGGAAAGUCCCGUGAAUAA